AGUGAUUCCGGAAGUGCUGUUGAAGGGCGGGGGGAAGGUCUGGAUGGGCUGAGACUUCCGCCGGUGAGACCCUGAGCGGGUCGCGGCGGGGUGUGGUGUCCGGCGAGGGGUUUGUGCGUCGGAAGCCGCGUGGGCGAGACCUAAGCCGGCUGCGGCGCGGGCUUGCGCGGGGUCGCGGGCGCUAGUGUGCGGGUCGGUGCGGGCUGUGCGCUGUCUGCGAGUCACCUGGCUCCCGCGCUCAGGGGGAAGUGCACCUGCUCCACACGGGGCGGUGGUGUUAAACGCGGUCGCAGGAUGUGCGUUAAGCAGCAGCUGGACAACCAUUCCUACAUGAUCAUUCGUAUGUCUAAGGAAAGCUGAAAAUCUGUCUUGGACAGGCCAAAAAGAAGUGCUUGGAGCAAUGCUUACUAAAAACCACCACUGAGGUUCUCUGGUAUUGCUGAGGUUUGCAUCCAGAAGUCCUGCAUCUUCAAAGUUUGAGUCUCUGCAGGUGUUCAUUGUAUACUCCUGAGAAGGUUCUUAGUUUCCGACUGAUGUUAAUGACCUGGCUGAAUAUUUUGACUCGCUCUGACCCAGUGUUUGAAGUGACUGCAUCAGAUUCAUUUUGGCCUCAUUAGUCCCCAGAGUUAUGCACGUUUCUUAAGUUCAUAGACUAUUCAGUUCCAUGUCUGUCUUUGAUAGUUUUACAAGGAGUGACCACAGAGAAGCUUCGCUCCCGAUGUUUCUCUUCAUACAUAGUUCUCUGCUGUAGAUGAACGGUGUCUAGAUGCACGUUCGUGAAAUGACUCUUCAGGAAUUGGUGCACCAGGCCGCCUCCCUCUAUUCGGACAGAAUAGCCGUGUGUUUUGAUGAAUGCAACAACCAGCCUCCAGUUUAUUACACCUAUAAGACUGUGGUUACUGCUGCCUCAGAAUUAUCCAGUUUCCUGCUGUCACACUGUGACUUUGACGGAAUUCGGGAAAUUGGUCUCUACUGCCAGCCGGGAAUAAACGUGCCCUCUUGGAUUUUAGGAAUUCUCCAGGUGCCUGCUGCUUAUGCUCCGAUUGAUCCAGACUCGCCUCCGUCAUUGUCAGCUUAUUUUAUGAAAAAAUGUAACCUAAAGUAUAUCCUUGUUGAGAAAAAGCAAAUUAAUAAAUUCAGGUCUUCCCAUGAAGCAUUAUUGAACCAUGGCACGGUUACAGCUGAACAUAAUGACCUGGUACUCUUCAGACUUCACUGGAAAAAUGUUGAGGUGAACUUGUUGCUGAGUGAUAGAAAAGAGAAACACAAAAGUGAGAACAGCAAAGAAGAACACGUGGACAUAAUACGGGAGCAUUGCUUAGCCUAUGUUCUACACACUUCAGGGACUACAGGGACACCCAAGAUUGUCAGAGUGCCCCAUGCGUGUAUACUACCAAACAUCCAGCAUUUUCGGUUACUUUUUGAUGUCACAAAAGAAGAUGUUUUGUUUCUGGCUUCGCCUCUGACCUUCGAUCCUUCUGUUGUGGAGAUAUUUGUUGCGCUCUCCAGCGGCGCCUCUCUGCUUAUCGUGCCAGCUUCCGUCAAAGUGCUCCCAUCCAGACUAGCUGCUGUGCUCUUUUCCCGUCACAGAGUGACUGUUCUGCAGGCAACUCCAACAUUGCUCAGAAGGUUUGGCUCUCCGCUCAUCAAGUCGGUGGUUUUGUCGGCCAGUACUUCUCUCCGAGUGUUAGCGCUGGGUGGUGAACCAUUUCCCUCCCUGACUGUCCUCAGGAGCUGGAGAGGAGAAGGCAACCGAACACAGAUCUAUAACAUUUACGGUGUCACGGAGGUAUCGAGUUGGGCAACCUUUCACAGGAUUCCAGAGAAGAUUCUUAACUCUACUUCAAAAUGGGAAUUGCCUGUGCCGCUGGGACUGCCACUGCUGGGAACAGUGGUCGAAGUCAGAGACGCCAGUGGUCUCACAGUUCAGGAAGGAGAUGGCCAAGUAUUUUUAGGUGGCAGAAACAGGGUGUGUCUUCUUGAUGAUGAAAUGACAGUACCACUUGGCACAAUGAGAGCCACAGGUGACUUUGUGACUGUGAAAGAUGGAGAGAUAUUUUUCUUGGGACGAAAGGAUGGUCAGAUCAAACGUCAUGGCAAACGUCUUAACAUUGAACUUGUACAACAGGCUGCUGAAGAGCUUCAGCAGGUGGAGUCUUGUGCGGUUACGUGGUACAAUCAGGAAAAACUGAUUCUCUUCGUGGUGUCCAAGGAUGCUUUGCUGAAGGAGCGCAUCUUUAAAGAACUGCAGCAGCGUCUUCCAAGUCACGCCGUCCCGGAUGAGCUCGUGUCGAUUGGCUCGCUGCCCUUCACGUCUCACGGCAAAGUUGAUGUUUCUGAGUUAAACAAGAUAUAUUUAAACUACGUAAACUUGAAGCCUAAGAAUAAACUCAGUGGAAAAGAAGAUCUUUGGGAAAAAUUACAGUGUUUGUGGAAGUCUGUUCUGAGCGUCUCGGAAGAUCUUUUGCGGGUUCCUGACGAGUCACGCUUCUUAAGUAGUGGAGGCGACUCCCUGAAGUCCAUCUGGCUCCUCAGUGAGCUUGAACAACUCGUUGGGGCCCCGGUGCCUGGGCUACUGGAAGUCAUCCUCAGCGGGUCCAUUUUGGAGAUUUACCAUCACGUCCUGCAAGCAGUGUUUCCCGAUGAGGACCUGGCGGCACUCAGCAAGAGCUGCACCCCAAAAAGGAAGCUCCGCGACCGGGACCUGGAGGAAGGCUCUGGAGAGCCUCCGCGUCCGCAGUGCGCCUCGCCUUCCGACGGCCGUGACCCGGGCGCUGCCUGCAUGGCUCUGAGCCGAGGGAGGCAGGUUCUGUGUCUGAGCUCGGCCGGGUCUGUCCCGGAGCGAGGGCCUUGCCCUUCAGCCUGUUACGAGUCAGUUUCUCAGACUCACGCUCAGACGUUGAAGAGCUCAGACCCCCCAGCUCUAGGUGAGACGCCCAGAGAUGCGUCCUGUGCCGCAGGUGUUUCUGGAGAAGGGCAGCCUGUGCGAGGGGCGGAGAAGGCGGAGCUGCCUGUGAGGUGGAGGGCCGACACGGGCAAGUGUGUGGACGCGUCGCCUCUGGUUGUGAUCGCAGCCGCUCCUGGGUCACCCGCGACCGUGUACAUUGGCUCCCAUUCCUGUAGAAUGAAGGCACUGGACCUUCACUCCGGGAAGGUGAAGUGGGAACAGGUUCUAGGAGAUCGAAUCGAAUCCUCGGCGUGCGUGUCUAAGUGUGGAAACUUUGUUAUAGUGGGCUGUUACGACGGGUUGGUUUAUGUUCUGGAAAGUAAUAGUGGAGAAAAAUACUGGACGUUUGCUACUGGGGAUGCUGUCAAAAGCUCUGCAGCCGUGGAUCCGUCCACAGGACUCCUCUACAUUGGCUCACAUGACCAGCAUGCGUAUGCUGUAGAUAUUUACAAGAGGAAGUGUGUCUGGAAGUUGAAUUGUGGAGGCGCCGUCUUUUCCUCUCCCUGCUUGAGCCUGCUGCCACAUCACGUGUAUUUUGCUACACUGGGAGGACACUUGUUGGCUGUAAAUCCUCAGGCCACUGGGAACACACUCUGGAAGCGCUGCUGCGGAAAACCUCUCUUCUCUUCUCCCCGCUGCUGCCUGCAGUACGUCUGCAUUGGCUGUGUGGACGGGCGUCUGCUCUGCUUCACCCACGCCGGCGAGCAGGUUUGGCAGUUCUCUGCCAGUGGCCCGAUCUUCUCGUCGCCGUGCACCUCAGCCUCAGAGCAAGAAGUAUUUUUUGGUUCCCAUGACGGUUGUGUCUACUGCUGCAGUAUGAGAGGUGACCUCCGAUGGAAAUUUGAAACCACCGCGAGGGUGUACGCGACACCGUUUGCUUUCCGUCGUCACAGUCGCAGCAGUGCAGCGUUGCUGGCAGCAGCGUCUACUGACGGGAAGCUGUGGAUCCUGGACUCUGCGAGUGGGCAGUUGCAGGAUGUGUAUGAACUUCCCGGAGAAGUCUUCUCCUCGCCUGUGGUCUGGGAGUCGAUGCUCGUCAUUGGGUGCAGAAACGAUUACGUGUACUGUCUGGACUUACGGGGUGCCAGUCACAGAUAACGGAGCACAGUCCCUACUAGUUCAUACCUGUGAGAUGUCUGAAAACCUUUUGCCAUUCUAGAGCGUGGGAGUAGCCUUAUUAAAUAAUUUAUUUUGGUUAAGAAA